AUGGUGAUGGCAAAGGCUUGGGUGAUAGGGAAGACGUUCGAUGGGGCACCCACGGAAUCCAACUUUCGCCUCAUCGAGGAAGACGUGCCAGCACCGAAACAGGGAGAGUUUGCGUGUGAGGCUCUGUACCUGAGUGUCAACCCAUACGAACGGAGGAGCUCGGAUACAGCACCUGUUGGGUCACCACUCAUGGGGUAUCAAGUUGCACGGGUGACAGAGAGCAAGAACAGUGAGUACCCUGUUGGGACGGUGCUCCAGCUCUACUGUGGCUGGCGAACCAGGUCGUUGAUCAACACCAAAGAAAUCCCUAAGGUUGUCAAGAUGACUAAGCUGCCUGAUUUUGGUGGGAAGGAACCAUCCCUUGCUCUUGGAGUCCUGGGAAUACCAGGAGUGACGGCGUAUCUGGGUCUCCUGGAUGUCUGUGAGCCGAAAGCUGGGGAGACCGUUCUGGUCAGCGGGUCUGGCGGGGCACUGGGCAGUGUGGUUGGACAGAUCGCCAAGAUCAAGGGUUGCAAGGUGAUUGGGAUUGUCGGAUCUAAUAAGAAGUGUGAUUGGUUGAAGAGUCUUGGGUUCGAUCACGUGUUCAACUAUAGGGAAGCGAAAGUGGACGAUGCUCUCAAAUCUGCUGCUCCGAAUGGUGUCGACUGUUUCUUUGACAACGUCGGUGGUGAGUUGUCCUAUCGCGUGCUGCAGCACAUGAACAACUUCGGGCGGGUGAACGUGUGCGGCGCUAUGUCCUCCUACAACUACGGCGACAAGCAGCCUCUAAUCCCGUCGCCAUUCAUUGCCUGUAUGUGCAAGAGACUGAAAAUACAGGGAUUCUCAGUCCUUGACCAUGCCGACAAAUUCGAGGAGAGUAGAACUCAGAUUCUCAAAUGGAUAAAUGAGGGCAAGGUCAAGUACAGAGAAGAGGUUCAGCAUGGGUUUGAAAAGAUGCCCCAUGCCUUCCUUACUGCGUUGAAGGGGAACGUCGCUGGGAAAAUUAUUGUGAAAGUUUAGUCCGAUUGAACUAUAACACAAUAAUGUCUACCAUAGCACGGCUUUAAGUGAAAAUAAUGUUAACAUUGGUAAGCGGAAUUUCAUUUGCUCAAAUUGUCGCUUUUACACGAACAAGGGUGAGACAAUUGUCAGUGGGGAUAUUUGUUUCUGCGAAUAAUGCCGUUGAAUAUAGUACGGUUGUAGGUGAAUGUCUUUCUAUAUUGUCAUUGGCAAUUAUACCUUU